AUGUAUUCAACAAUCUGUAAACAGAAUGAUAAUGAUGAUCAUGAAAUCGCCAGAUUUCCGGUUAAUGGUUUUAGAGGUAUACUUAGAGGAUGGUGGGAUAACAUCAUCACUAAAACCCAGCAAACUGAGAUUCUUACAGCUUUUAAAAGAGUUACAGAACCCAUCACAGGAAAUGUAAUAACAGAACAAGAUGCUGUUUAUACUCUUAUCAAUACAAUUCUACAUCAUUUUGUAGGCGCUUCUACAGAUGGUACAGAAGAUAGGAGUAGAGAACUUUUACAAAAUUUAGGAUGUCCCUCUUUAUCUUAUUUUAGAUGGUAUAAAGAUGUUUUUAUGAUGAGAGUUGUCAGAAGAUCUGACACCAACAGUGAUCAUUGGAAAGCCAAAUUUAUUGAUGGCCUUCCAACUCUCUUUGUUGAGAGAAUCAGAAAGAAAUUAAGGGAUAAACAUAGUAAGAUGUCUAUUCCUUAUUUCGAAUAUACCUAUGGCCAACUCAUAAGAUUGGUCACAGAAGAAGGUCUUGCUUUAUAUGGCAACAGUAUCACCUCCAUACAUCCACCACCUAAAUCACUAGAACUUCGACCCAGUGAUUUUAUAUCCAAUAAACCCUUGAAUGUGAUAGCAUUCGUUGAACCUCCACAAAGAAGUUCAUCCAAAGAACCUUUAACCGAUAAAGAAAUCAUACUGUUAAUCAAACAAAGUAAUUAUACGAAUCUCUACUGUCAAACAGUUGGCAAACAGUUAACCAGAAUCGAAGAAACUGUAACACAUCUUAAAGAAAGUUGCCAGUUUCAACCAAAACCAGUAUCAAUUCAUCCAGUUACUAUAAAACCAUCUCCAACAGUGACUAAUUUUAAUCUCAAGUCACGAAAACCUAAUACAGAAUUUAUGGAUACUCUUAUCAAUAAGAUCGAAGAUCUUCAUAUAGGAGAAUCCUCCCAAGUUAAUAUGUUAUCCAGUAAUCAUUUAGGAUCCCAAGAAGAAUCCUACAAUAACCUAACGCCUUCACAAAUAUCAAAAAUCCAGGCAAAUUUUCAGAAUGAACCUUCAACUAUAAAUAGAGUUCAUUAUGGCCAAAAUACUAAUCGAAUGGCUCUUUCAGGACCCAGUAGGUACUAUUAUCCCCGACCUACUCCUAUGGAUAUUCUCUAUGAAGAAGAUUUCGUUCAAAACCAGCAGUAA